UUAACAUUUUUAUUCCACGAAAAACAUUAAGCAUUGUGAUAAAUUGUGUUAAAUUCUGCUGAGAAAAGCCACAGAACGUUGUAAAGAAAUGGCAUAAGGAGACGGAGGCGAGAAAGGGUUGAAAACAGCCAUUCAACAGAAGGCUUACGUCAUCGGGGAGUGAACUUGUCUACCAAUACGCUCACUGCGAGCCAUAAGGAACAGUUGAUUUGUCCAAUCAGAACGGGACUCUCUUUAUAUAUACUGGGAGAAAGGGGCAGGGCUUCGUUUUUCCAUCAGUUAGCUGAUUUUGGGCAUUCUGUCAUGGCUCGUACUAAGCAGACGGCUCGCAAGUCCACCGGCGGCAAGGCACCGCGCAAGCAGCUGGCCACCAAGGCGGCCCGCAAGAGCGCGCCGGCCACCGGCGGCGUGAAGAAGCCGCACCGUUAUCGCCCCGGCACGGUGGCUCUGCGCGAGAUUCGCCGCUACCAGAAGUCCACCGAGCUGCUGAUCCGCAAGCUGCCGUUCCAGCGGCUGGUGCGCGAGAUCGCGCAGGACUUCAAGACCGACCUGCGCUUCCAGAGCUCGGCCGUGAUGGCGCUGCAGGAGGCGUGCGAGGCCUACCUGGUGGGGCUCUUCGAGGAUACCAACCUGUGCGCCAUCCACGCCAAGCGCGUCACCAUCAUGCCCAAGGACAUUCAGCUUGCCCGCCGCAUCCGCGGGGAGAGGGCCUAGAUGUUUUUCAAAUAAGUACCAACUUUGAACCCAAAGGCUC